AUGUCUGGUGAAAUCACACUUUACACUGUUGGCACUCCUAAUGGAUGGAAGGCAUCCAUUGCCCUUGAAGAACUUGCUCUUCCAUACAAGGUUCAUGCCAUUUCUUUCAAAUCUUCAGAGCAGAAGGAAGACUGGUUUCUCAAGCUAAAUCCAAAUGGUCGUAUUCCCACUAUUGUCGAUGGCAAGAGAGACAACUUUGCGGUGUUUGAAAGUGGAGCAAUCUUGCUGUAUCUUGCAGAGCACUACGAUCCUGAACAUAAGCUGCUUUCUGCUGAUGCUAAUCUUCGUAGCCAAACAAUUCAAUGGGUUAUGUGGCAGAUGGGCGGAUUAGGUCCAAUGAUGGGUCAAGCAAAUCACUUUGUUAUAUACGCUCCAGAAAAAAUCCCAUAUGGUAUCAACAGAUAUACUGAUGAAACCCUUCGUCUUUUUAAAGUUCUCGAAACCCAAUUGUCUGAUGGUCGCGAAUACAUUGUUGGUAAUUAUUCUAUUGCCGACAUUGCAUGCUUUGGAUGGGUUGCUGCCUAUGAUCGUCUUGGUCUGCCUCUGGACAGUUUACCGCAUCUUAAAAAAUGGUUGUUCCGUGUUGGUGCACGAGAUGCUGUCAAGCGUGGUACAAAUGUCCCUACCAAAUCUACUUUGAUUGAAGAUGGCUUCAAAAUAAAUCCAGUCAAGCCUGUUGAAGUUGAAAUCAAAAAGUAAACUGCUCGACAAAAUCAAGAGUCGCUGUUUAUUCUUUUCUACACCAGGUUAUUUAAAGUCGUGGUAUUGAAAUAUCCUUUGCAGCUUGACAUUCAAAGUUGGUGUCACUGAAUCCUGGUUACCAAUAAAAUUCUAUAUUUUGAAAUGCA